AUGACGUGGAAGACAAUUUUCCAAUUAUCCAUCCUCCUGUUAUGUUCACUUAUCCUGGUGUCCCCGCGCCAGGAGUUCCGGCCACAUAAUGAACACGGAAUUAGAACCAUAGCAGGUCAUUUCAGCGGUACUCGUAAGAGCUUUGCGUGUAACGUGGAUAUCCCGGAGAAAAUGGCUGAUUGCUCAGAUAAGCAGCUGAAAGACGUACCCAGUAACCUUAUCAAUGAUCUCCGCUCGCUUGAUCUGUCGUCAAACCUCAUCCGAAGCCUCUGGAAUACGUCAUUCCUCAGGUAUUCUCUCUUGGAGAAGUUAAACCUGGCUAACAAUCUCAUCGGCCUUAUCGAUUUAGCGACUUUCUUUCCUGUAGACCAACUGACCAGCUUGAUCCUAGACUUUAACCCCAUUUUCACCCUACCCGGAAGUGAUAUGUUUCAGGAGUCCAAACGGUUGUCGAGUCUGUCCCUUCAAUUCUGCAAUUUAUCAUACUUCCCAAAUGAGACCCUUGGAUUCUUACCCCAGCUACAGAGCCUUAGUUUAAGGGGGAAUGAACUAACGUAUAUCAAUAUUUCGGAGUGCCCCAAAAGAACACUGACUACUCUAGACUUCCGUUUUAACACAUUUCAAGAAAUAUCAGCUGAUGUUCUAAAUGUCCCUUGCAAGACAGAGAUGCUCACGCUAGGUGGGAAUAAUUACAAGAAAAUUGAUGCCGAUGUUGUUGCUGAUUAUCCCAUUCGUGCUUUGGAAUUUGGAUAUUUGGGGCCAGGGCAAGGGCAAACAUUUGAAGUAUGGAAGAGUUUGUUUACGGGUAUCGCUCAAUCUGAGAUAGAUAGACUGCUUCUGGUGAAAGCAUUCAACGAUGUCCCUCGUGACUUCUUUGAUCCAUUGCGUGGUAAAAGGCUUUCCUACCUACGGCUGGGACAAAACGAGUUCAAGUUUUACCCGUCCAUCUUUGCUAAUCUAACAUCCGUUUAUGAGAUGGUGUUAGAGAUAUUUCAUAUAGGAGUUCUGGAGCCUGCUUUCUUUGAUGGCAUGAAGGAACUUCGAAGUCUUACAGCCAGUGUCACAUGGAUAGAGCAAGUCAACCCUUCAGGGUCAUCUUGGAAGAUUGAUCUUCGGGAACUGGAUUUGUCAGAGAACUCUCUUGGGAGGUUGAGUUGCUUGAGUCCAUUUGCCUUCAAGGGUCUGACAAAUCUUACAUCAUUGGACCUGGCUGGCAAUGCUGAAUCGCAAUGGUUAAUCAAGAUGUUGCGUGGAGCCAUAGAUGUUCAGAAUGGUAAAGAAACAACAUGCUCAUCCUCAUCACUGAAACCUUUUGGAGGAGAGGCACUGGAAUCCAUCCAACCAAACGAUCUCUGCACAACGAAUUGCCUUGUAUACUUUUCAACAGUCUCCAUCGUUGUCAUUGUCGUUAUCGUCAUCGUCAUCGUUUACCACUACAGAUGGCAACUGAGGUACAAACUCUUCCUUCUCCGCCUCGCCAUUUUGGGCUACAGAGAAAUCCUGGACGAAAACGAUCGCGAGGAAUACGAUUUUGACAUCUACGUCAUAUCGACAGAGGAUGAUGAGAAUUGGAUUCAGGACCAACUGAAACCAUAUUUUCAGGGAUUGCCGUACUACAAGCGAAGCAGAAACGUCUUCACGGAUGAUGAUCUUCCCAUUGGCAUGCAUCGAACGGAAGCCGUAGAUCGCGUCUUGACAAAAAGCUUUAAAAUUAUUGUAUUAGUGAGUAAAGCUGCCUGCGCUGAUGACUGGUUUAUGACAUGUUUCCGUAUGGCAAUGGAUCAAGUGGCCGAUACCCAGACAGAGAACAUCCUACUGGUGUUCCUGGAGAACAUUGAAGAAGAUGAGAUGCCAUUUUAUGUCAGAUUGUACAUGCGAGGUCAAGGGCCAUAUGUAAAAUGGAUGGAGGAUGAUGAUGAGGGACAGAAAUACUUUUGGAAACGUUUAGAGAAAUGUCUGUCUGUUAACCGUAAACGGAACCAUCUUAUACCUGCAGAAUGA